GUAUAUUCAAAUAUAAUAAAUAAUCAAGUAUUACUUUGAUUAAAAUAUUCAACUUUGCAAGUGCAAGCGCGACAUAAAAUCAAAUUUUCUUGCAUUACUUUUAUUUUGAAAUGAGCACAUCCGGAAGGCGUUGUCGUCGCAUCUUUGAAGCGUUUUCACGUCCUGCAUCUCAUCUUAUCCACGCUGUUUCCGAUCGUGUAGCUAAAGCUCCCUCAACUCGCAGCUUCUUCUCCGUUGACGUAAACGCUUGUGCGUGAGCGUAUGUCGUCCCGUUUUCUCCUCUCCUCUCUUGUUUAUAAAUCAUAUAACGUUAACAAUUCAACUUUUGUCGUCACGGAAGCACCUGCUGCGUGGAGAAAAGACAUCACCACGUAAACAAAGAUUAAAUUGCAGUUUCAUACACAAUUCCCGGAGAGUCAUGAGCUCGCAUAGGAAAUCUGCCCGGCCUCAUACGGAUUCUGAUUCGGGUUCCUCAUCGAGCCGUGACUCGGCCGCACCCGGCAUAGAGGAGGGCGCUGGUCUCUUUUCCAAGCUGAUGGAGCUGCCGGUAGCCAGACUGUCGCGGCAGCAGCUGAGAAGGUUGGAGGAUCAUCAAUACAGCAGUGAGGGACAGUCCGUUCUUGAGCCUUUCAUGCAAAGAUACUGGUGCUGGCUAGUGAGUAAAGUGCCUCUUUGGAUGGCCCCAAACCUCAUCACUAUAGUCGGACUUGCUACUAACAUAAUAAGCACUCUGAUACUGGUGUACUAUUGCCCUACUGCCACCGAACAGGCACCUACAUGGGCAUAUCUGGCCUGUGCUCUGGGUCUGUUCAUCUAUCAAUCACUGGAUGCCAUAGAUGGGAAACAGGCACGACGGACCAAUAGCAGCACUCCGCUGGGCGAGCUUUUUGACCACGGCUGUGACUCUCUUUCUACAGUGUUUGUGAUUCUGGGCACAUGUAUAGCAGUGCAGAUGGGUACUCACCCCGAUUGGAUAUUUUUCUGUUGUUUCGCGGGCAUCUUCAUGUUCUAUUGUGCCCACUGGCAGACGUAUGUUUCUGGAACGCUGCGCUUUGGCAUAAUUGAUGUGACUGAGGUUCAAAUCUUCAUUAUAACCAUGUACUUACUGGCCGCCAUCGGAGGAACAGCUUUUUGGGAGUCUGUGAUCCCUGGGAUAAAUAUCCAGGUUAAAAUAAUCCCUGCCCUAUUCACUCUCGCGGGUGCCGUUUUCUCCUGCACAAACUACUUCCCGGUUAUAUUCACGGGCGGAAUGGGCAAAAAUGGAUCGACUAUUGCAGGAACUAGCGUGCUGUCUCCAUCAUUUCAUAUAGGAGUGGUCAUUACUCUUGCCCUGAUGAUCUAUAAAAAGUCUUCAGAACAGCUCUUUGAGAAACAUCCCUGCCUGUAUGUUAUUGCGUUUGGGUUUGUCUCGGCCAAACUCACCAACAGACUGGUGGUUGCUCAUAUGACAAAAAGUGAAAUGCAACGUAACGAUUUGGCCUUCGUGGGACCAGCGCUGCUGUUUCUGAAUCAAUACUUCAACAGUUUUAUUAAUGAGUACUGUCUGCUGUGGAUCGCUCUGGUUCUGUCAGCAUUUGAUCUGGUACGGUACUGUGUGAGUGUAUGUAACCAGAUCGCCACACACUUAAACAUCUGUGUCUUCUCCAUCCAACCUCCCUCUCCGUCCUCACUUAAGCCAGAUAGCAGAAAUCACCACUAACCUGUGUCCCUGAAACACUUUCUCCAAUCGGUCAUGCACUUCAGUGAAUGUAAAACAUGGAGUCUGAACGGUUGCAGUUAGGAAUCACUGUAACGUGGUAUUUCGUAAUGAUUCAAAAAUAUAUGAAGAACGAAAGGGAAUUAUGAAAUCGUAUCAAAGUAUGAUUGUUUCAUCUUUAGUUCACCGAUUAUUUUGGCUAGCUUUGUCUUGCCUUUGUUUGUUUGUGAGUAUGUGUGCACCUUUGAUUGUUUAAAGGUUUUAUUUUAUAGUUGUAAUGUUCCGAAGUGAACCAAUAUUUUGUAUUUGGAAAAAGAGUCAUUUUUUUUGCAUCUGUUUUGGCUAAAUUCAUAAUUUAUUUCAGCAAACAGGCAACACUUGAGAUCAAUUUGUUAGACGUUUUUGGGACUCUGUAGGUGUCAAGUGAUCAUUUUUGUUGCCUUUCAUUGGUACAAGAAAUGGGAAUUUCAACCUAUGCCAGUACACGUCACUCUUGCCGGUACAAAGGAGUGUUGUUGUCUGAGUAAAUCAUAACACACAGAGUCUGAGCGAUAAGAUUAGAGCAGAUUUUUAUAAGAGGAAAUCUUAUGACAAGCAGGUCAGCCAGAAGACUUUCAAUUAUAAUGUCAGACAUGCAAGCCCUGGUUUUACGAUGCUAAUAUUCAAGCAGUUCAUUUGAUGACAGUAAUAAUCUAUGCAGUAUAAAUGUAUCCGUUUGCUCACUAUGCAUAUGAAUCUUAUAGUGUUAUGGAAGGGAUUAAACUUGUUUAACUAUGCCUGAGAAAAACGGUAUCGCUAACAGUAUUCUGAGAGUGUCAUUUUAUCUGAAAAAUUACUGGCUUAGAUAUGACAUUCAAAAAUAGUUCUGAGUUUGAUUUCUAAGAUAACACUAUACAUAUGAACUUUUAAAGGGAUAGUUCACCCAAAAAGGAAAAUUCGGUCAUCUUUUACUCGCCCUCAGAUUGUUUCAAACAUGUAUACUUUCUUUGUUUGAUGAACACAAAGGAAGAUAUUUGGAGGAAUGUCAGUAUCCAAACAGAUCUCACCCCCAUUUACUCUCAUAGUAGGUAAAAAAAAUACUAUAGGAGUCAAUGGGAGAUGACAUCGGUUGGGCUCCAAAUAUCUUCCUUUGUGUUUAGCAGAACAAAGACAUUUAUACAGGUUUGUAACAAUCUGUGGGUGAAUAAAUUAUGACAGAAUUUUCAUUUGACUUUGAUUCUAGAUAACAAACCUAAAAAGUAGUAUUUGUGGUUUAAAGAAAUAAACGUGACAACCUGUGCUAACUUA